UGGUUGGGGGGUGAGAGGGUGGCAAAACAAAGGCGGUUGCUUUGCCCUCGAUUGCACUCGCGUUAGAGGAGCGCCAAAGCGCGAGUCAGUCCGGCGCGAGGAGGAAGAGAGCCGAGUGGAAACAUUCGGGCGGCCAAGGGAAGGUCCGAAGUGAAAUCGAAAGUUGAGCGAACUCCGAGGGAACUUUCGCCCUCCGAGGCGCGUCGCCGCCUUGACCCUGCGAAAGGUCGACGGGCGAGGAGGAGGAGGAGGAGGAGGACUAGGCUUGCUCCGCUCGGCUUGCUGUGCCAGACGUGUGAACUUCACCUCGUCUCCGGGGGGGCGAAGCGGGGAGGGGGCGAAGGGGCUCUAUCUCGAAGCAGCCAGCCAGCGCUCUGCCUGAAUCCACUGGGAGGCGAUGGGCGGCUGAGGUGGACGCGCCGGGGGAGGCGAAGCGGGCGCGGAGCUGGGAAGCGCGCCUUAGAUCCGAAGGGGAGAGAGAGAGGAAAGAUACACAGAGACACGCGCGGCGGGUUCCCACCCACCCCUUCAGGGAAAGGGAAGCACGAGGAGCCCGCAGUCAUCGCUGCCCUGAAGGAAAGUGUUUUUGUUUUGUCUGCUCUGCCCCCGCCCCGAAAAGAAAGGUCAUGUGGGCACCAAGCUUGUAGAAAUAUCAUCAUCAUUAUUAUUAUUACCCUCGUGCCUCCGGAGAAGAUGGAUUUCCUAGGCGGAGUCAUGCAGCAUAAAAGCAUAACGCUGAUCGUAUUCCUGGAGUAUAUUAUUUCUGGCCAUCCUGGAGCAGAUUCAGCGAAGCUACGAGCCUUUCGAUGCGAUGGGCACUCCUGCAAUCCUGCCGUGGGGAACCUUGCGACUGGAAGAACGCCGGUCACGCUUACCACCUGCGGCCAGAACAGCACAGAACUUUACUGCUUUUACCCAGACCACCAUCUUCUCCACCACGGCCCCCAAGGGUGUGGACAGCCUAGGUGCACCAAGUGUAACGCCAACCAGCCUGAUAACUCUCACCUUCCUUCCGCUAUGACGGACGACUUCUUCCUAAACCCCGCCUCCUGGUGGCAGUCUGCGCAAGGGGUGCACAGGGAGGAGAUCCGGCUGGAUUUGGAGACGGAGUUCUACCUGACCCACGUCAUAGUGGUGUUCAAGUCGCCUCGCCCAGCGGCCAUGGUGCUGGAGAGGUCGCAGGACUAUGGGCAGACGUGGAGGCCGUACAAAUAUUUCUCUGCCAACUGCACGGCCACUUUUGGGCUCCCAGACGAUACCACCGAGGAAGGGUCUCUCUGUACCUCCAGGUAUUCUGACGUGAUGCCUUGCACUAGAGGAGAGGUGAUCUUUCGUGCCUUAACUCCUGCUAACAAGAUUGAAGACCCAUACGGUCCUGAAGCACAAGACCUCAUGAAACUCACCAAUCUGCGGCUCCUCUUAUUAAAGAGACAAGAGUGUCCUUGCCAAGGCUCCGGGCUGCUGGAGAAGCCCCACAGAUUCUCCCAUUAUGCCAUCUAUGACCUAAUUGUCCGAGGUAGCUGCUUUUGCAAUGGCCAUGCGGAAGAAUGCCAACUUGCCAAUGGGACAGUUGUUGUGGACAACAUGGUCCAUGGGAAGUGCAUGUGCAGACAUAACACUGCAGGACAGCAUUGUGAGAGGUGCGCGCCAUUGUACAAUGACCAGCCAUGGGAGCCAGGCGAUGGAAAAACGGGGACACCAAAUGAAUGCAGAAAGUGUCGCUGUCACAGUCAUGCUGAGAGCUGCCAUUUUGACCUGAGCGUCUGGUUGGCAUCAGGAAAGCAGAGUGGAGGUGUCUGUGACAACUGCAAGCACAACACAGAGGGCUACCGGUGUCAAAGGUGCAAGCCUGGUUUUUACAGAGACAAAGGGAAACCCAUGUCUUCGCCGGAGAUUUGCAAACCUUGCUCCUGCCACCUCAUGGGCUCAGUGAACACGACUUUCAACCAGAGCUGGAAAUGCCACCCAAAGACAGGAUUCUGCUUCUGCAAACCAGGCGUUGCAGGCCCCAAAUGCGACCGGUGCCUCUUGGGCUAUUGGGGAUUUGGAGAGAAUGGCUGCCAGCCUUGUGACUGUGCCAGAGAUUGUGACAAGCACACUGGAGAAUGCCUCAACAAUUACGACAACCAGGCUUUUUUCAAUAUUCCCAUUGGUGGAAGAAUCCCUGACCUUAUUCAAACACCAGCCAAUGAAACUGAAGAUGAGUGGCAGUGGAAUGACCACGAACAAGGGUUUUCUGCUCUAAGACAUCCAGAAAAGUGUGUCUGCAAAGAAAGGAUACUAGGAAGCGUCGCCAAUUUCUGCCAGAUGAAAUAUGCUUACGUAAUAAAAGCAAAGAUCCUCUCCGCUCAUGACAAAGGAACCCAUGCAGAAGUCAUUGUGAAGGUCAAGAAGGUUCUGAAAUCGGGAAGAGUGAAAAUCACGAGGAGUAACAGAAGCAUCUAUCCUGAGUCUUGGACCAACAGAGGUUGCACAUGCCCAAUUCUUAAUCCUGGUGUAGACUAUCUGAUAGCAGGACAGGAAGACACACGGACUAACAAACUUCUCGUGAACAUGAACAGCCUGGUGAAGCCCUGGAAAGCUCACUGGGGGAAACUAGUCGCAGACAUGCUUCGAACUGGAUGCAAAUAAUACCUUCUUUCAAAGCAAAAGCCACAGACUUUGCAUAUGUUAGUAAUAUUGCAGUGAAAGGCCUAAGUAGUUCUCUUGUUGUCUAUCAGAACAUUCCUAAGGGGAAUUUAAAAACAGAAUCUCUCCCUCCCCACCCCCGUCAUAUUUUGUGUUUUAGGGAGGCAUCUUGUGCCUUGAGUUCUUUCUUCCAAGAAUCAAAGGACAACGACAAAGGACAGUGACAAACCAA